AGCAGGGGUGCCCCUUCCGCCACUGGAAACCCCCACAUGUGCUGUGCAGGGCCGAGUGCCUGAGAAACAGUGGGGGAGGGCACCCCUAGGGCCUCCAGCUGCGAGGUGGGACUGGGAGCGGGGGUCUCACGGGCGCCACGCCCUGCUCUGUCCACCCCACCUCGGCCUCUGAGCAGGUGGAGAGCUUCGGCCCAGCAGGUCUGCUCUGCCCCCCGCACCCUGUGCACCCCUGCCUGUCCCUCCUCAGCCCCUGGGUGUUCCUCCCUCCACCUCUCGCAGUUAGGCAGUGACCAUGAGGACACUGGGGGCUGUGGUCCUGCCAGCCUGUGUGCUCUCUGCUAGGGGAGAGCCCUCCUGGGGACAUCUGGACACCCCAGCUGACCCAAGUGCCCACAACCAGUGGUGCUGGGAAAUUCCUGGGCAGUGUCCCUGUCCCCAGGGCUCUGUUCCCACUUUCUGUGACUGGCCACUGUGUGGACUGUCCUCUUGCAGACUUCAGGCACAAAGGGGUGAGGGGGAUAUGCUCUGUCAUGUCCAGCAGAUAGUGCUGAAUGCCUCUGGGACCAGGAGGACCUGGGGCUGGACCCUAAAGAAGGACCUCGGACCAAUCAAGACCUGGAAGGGACUCCAGGUCCGGCCAGGGCCGAGUGUCCUGCAGAUUGGCUCACUUGAGUGGCCUCUGGUCUGGUUAGAUGGAGAGCCGCCUUUAAUUAACCUCACGGGGUCAGCAGAGGGUGCUGGGGCCCAUCAGAUGUUGGCAGUUAUGAGGAAGACUGUGAGUCCCAGAGCCAAGGCCAGUCCUGCGGGUGGGGCUUCGGGGCCUGAGGAGCCCUGACCAGGGACAUGGAGCCUCUGCCAGGCUGGGGGCUUCCCUGCUGGAGCCAGGUGCCUAGAGCCACUGCCCUGAAGCUGACCCUGUGUCUCCUUCUACUGCCCCCACGGAAUGCCCCUUCCCAGCUGCUGUGCAGAGAGGAGGAGUACCCGGCAGGCACUGAGUGCUGCCCCAAGUGUAGCCCAGGUAGUUACCAUGUGAAGCAAGCCUGCAGCGAGCUGACGGGCACGGUGUGCAUACCCUGCCCCCCGGAGACCUACACCGCCCACCCCAACGGCCUGGGCCAGUGUCUGCCUUGCCGAGUGUGUGACCCAGCCUUGGGCAUGGACACCAGGCAGAAGUGCUCCCGCGUGCAGGACACCGUGUGUGGCUGUCGCCAAGGCCACUUCUGCCAGGCCAAGGACAGGGGCCACUGUAUCCUGUGCUCGCCCCACACCAUCUGCCUCCCUGGCCAGAGGGCAAAGAGGAGCGGCACAGAGAGCCAGGACACAGUGUGUGCCAACUGCCCACAGGGGACCUUCUCGCCCAAUGGGACCCUGGAGCAAUGUCUGCCCUGGACCGUGUGCACGGGAUGGUUUGAGGAAGUGGAGCUGGGGACCAGCAGCAGGGACACCUCCUGCCUCCUGUCCUGGAGGCUCGUGGUGACCAUCCUCCCUCUCCCCCUUGUGUUUGUCCCUGUAAUCUGGAUAUGGACAAGGAGGAAACGGUCUUCUGGCUCUGAGCACAGCGUGAAGGUGGUGCUGCAGGUGGCAGAAAACAGAGGAGGAAGCUGGCAAGUCUUCACUCACCCGGGACCUGCAGGCCGUGCCAGACGUCACCACCGUGGCCAUAGAGGAGACAGCGCCUGUGGAGGAGACGGCGCCGGUAUUCCUGGCAAAGGACCCCAGGGCCGGGAAUCGGGCUACUCAAACCUACUGGCAGCUGACGCAUACGGGCAGGAGUCCCGCGCCUGCCCCAGGCGUGCUCCGGACUGUAGCAGCAGGAGAGACGGGGCCAUGCUGAAGGCACUCAGGGCCGUCCCAGCAGCCCGGUGCAGCCCAAGCUGCAGGGACGCAGCACCCUAAGGACACAGCUGGCCGCUCUGGCCCCAGCUCUCCCGGCCAGCACAUUCCCGGUGGGCCCGUUUGCUCAUCUGCAGGAUGGGUCUGUGACGCUGUAUCGCAUCCCCUCUGGCCGCAGAGAGAGACACGACAAAUGUCUGAAGCUUUGGAAGUUUAUUGUGCACAGUUCCUCUCCUACGCUUCUCUUACCCCUAGCUUCUGCGCACUCCCAGCUUCCCUUCUCCCAG